GAGGCUCACCCUGUCAACCGCCCUUUGCCGGCGACGACUUCGGAGUCGGAGUCAAUCCACUCCUUGAAAUUUGUCCAGCAAGACUCCACAGUGUAGACUUGGCUGAAUUGACCCUACAGUUGACUUUGCAAUUCUCCGUUGCCGCUUGUGCGUCUUUGAGAGUUGUGCUGUGCAAUGUCUUCCCCUCCCAAGGUCCCAAAGUCUGUUAUCAUUGUCGGAAGCGGUGCCUUUGGUCUCUCCACAGCAUGGGCGCUCUGUAGGAAUCCCGAGUUCACAUACACCUCGAUCACGGUUGUAGAUCGCCAGACGUUCCCGACACCUGAUGGCUCCAGCGUCGACACUUCGCGCAUCAUCCGCCCCGACUACGCUUCUGCGCCGUACAACCGCCUUGCAAACAUUGCACAGGACCGAUGGCGCACUGACUUUGCACCCGACGAGUACCACGAAACCGGCCUCGCGCUGACGGCAUGGGGCAAGGAACAGAAAUACGUGCAGACCGCGCUGGACAACGUCCGCAGGAUCGGUACAGACCGGAUCGAAGUCACCAACUCGCCUGAGGAGAUUGGCCGAGCCGCAGGCCUCGAGGGCAACGACGCCUGGGGUAACGGCAGCACGGGAUACGUGAACUGGAGCUCUGGCUGGGCCAACGCAGAGGGCGCCAUGAUCUGGCUGCGCGAGAAGGUCGAGAAGAUGAACCGCGUCAACUUUGUCGUCAACGGCGUCAAGAAGCUCCUCAUCGACCACCACACAAACACCGUCUCGGGCGUGCGUCUCAGCGACGGCACACAACUCACUGCAGACCUCACCAUCCUGGCCGCCGGCGCCUGGACAGCGUCCCUCAUCGACCUUCGCGGAAUCUGCAAAGCCACCGGCCAGGUCAUCUGCUACAUGCCCAUCAGCGACGAGGAGCAGAAGCGCCUAGGCAACAACCCCACCAUCCUGAAUCUCAGCCAUGGUCUGUUCAUCAUCCCGCCCUCGAACAACCUCCUCAAAGUCGCCCGCCACGGCCACGGCUACACCAACCCGACCACAAUACCGCACCCGGAGAGCUCCGACCCUCACGCCACCAUCACCACGAGCCUACCAUACACGGCAGUCGACGACCCGCACCAGGCCGUCCCCGAAGAAGGCCAGCGCGACCUCCGCAACUUCCUCACUGCCGUCCACCCGUCUAUCUCCGUGCCCAGCCGGCCCUUCACCAAGAGCAAGAUCUGCUGGUACACGGACACGCGCGCCGGCGACUUCCUCAUCGACUACCACCCCAAGUACAAGGGCCUGUUUGUCGCGACAGGCGGGAGCGGGCAUGGCUUUAAGUUCCUGCCCGUCAUUGGCGAUAGUAUUCUGGAGUGCGUCAUGGGCCGCACGCCGAAGGACUUUGUGGGCAAGUGGGAGUGGCCUCAAGAGCGGUUGGAUGAGGACAAGUGGCCCGGUGAUGGGUCGCGGGGCGGGCCGGUGGGGUUGGUGCUUGCCGAGGAGACGGCAAAGAGUAAGGCGAGGUUGUAGGCUUGUUGAGUUUUUCGUGGGUCGCAUCCAAGGGUGGUGUGCUGUUGCACGUUGUAGAGGAGAUGUUGGAGAGCAUUGUAUUGCGUUGUAGACCAAAGGUCGGUGCAUGUGUUAGCGAUCAUCACAGCUCGGCGCAUUGUUUCUAUCACAGUCAAGUGUCGGAUUUCUGCGAAUGAAGUUAUUUCACUUGA